AUGUCAAGAAUAGUCAAGCUCAAACCAAUCAGCGAGUCCCAGGUGGCCAUAAAGGCCGUUGUGUUCGACAUGGACGGAACAAUGUGCCUACCCCAGAGGUGGAUGUUCGCCGCAAUGCGCGAGGCGAUUGGCCUGAAAGACAAGUCGGUGGACAUCCUGACGCACAUCGACGGCUUGUCCUCGGAGAAACUCAAGCAACAGGCAAACCUGCGGAUUUCCGAGGUCGAGGCCAAGGCAAUGCGCGAGAUGCAGCCGCAGCCGGGGCUGGUGGCGCUUCUGGAGUAUCUCACGGCCAACAAGGUCAGCAAGAACAUCUGUACGCGCAAUCUGAUCAAGCCCGUGAACCAUCUGCUGUCGAACUUUGUCCCGCCCUUGCACUCGAGCUUCGACCACAUCGUCACGCGAGACUUCCGCCCCACGAAGCCGUACCCGGAUCCGCUGCUACACAUCGCUAGACAGCUCAACGUGGCGCCUGAGAACAUGCUCAUGGUGGGCGACUCGUUCGACGACAUGCAGAGCGGGACGGCAGCGGGAUGCGCGACCGUGCUGGUGAAGAACGAUUCCAACGUGAAGCUGCUCGCGGCGCAUCCAGAGCUCGUCGACGCAGUCGUGGACGAUCUCGCAGACAUCAUCGGGCUGCUGCAGGAGGGCUUCGAGGCGCGCGGCGCUAGCACCCGCGAAUGA